AACCCUAGAUUUACUUCAAACAUAUUUAAGGUUUCUGCUGCAGAAAAUGAAAGUUAGGGUUUGAGGUGAUGUUCUGAGAUGAAUCGAGGUUUUGCUGCAAGAAUUGAGAUUUAAUGGGUUUGCAGAGAAUGGUAUUGUUGAUUGGAUAUGUGGAGUUAGAAAGUUAGGGUUGGAUUUGAGAUUUGAAAGUUAGGGUUUGAGAUUUGUGGAGUUCAAAAGUUAUGGUUGGAUUUGAGAUUGAAAGUCAGGGUUUAAGAUUGAAAGUUGUGUGGAAAAGAUAGAAAUUGAAAGUUAGGGUUGGAUUUGAGAUUCUGAGAUUGAAUGGAUUUGCAGAGAUUGAAUGGGUUUGCAGAGAAUGACGUUGGUGGUUGGAUUUGUGGAGUUUGAAGAUUCUUUAUCUGGCUUGUGCAGAUGAAGUCAAGAUCAUGAAGUGGUGCUGCCAUUUGAGAAGUUGAUGCUGAGGAAUUGAAGAUGGCAGUGUUGCUUGGUGUUGGUGCUGCUACUAAGUGGUGGUUGUGCAAUGGCUAGGGCCUAAUUUAGGAAACAAGGAAUGGGAAGAUUUAGAAAUGCAGGUGGUGGUGGUGUUAUUCGGAUGGUGUUGAUGGAAUUUGCAAUGGUCGCGGAGGAGUUGGGAUGGGGUAACCGCCCUAAUUCAGUUAACAAAUAUGUAUUUAAUUAUGCAGGUGAGGUAUUCAUCUACCGGUAACACAUAUAUAACAGCUUCUAAAGAUGGUGUUGUGAAGAUUUGGGAUGGGGUAACCGUCCAAUGUGUGCGUUCUAUGGGUUAGCUGAAGCCACCGGUGCAAGUUUCACCAAGGACCAAAGGCUUAAAAAUUGUGAAAUGGAUGCUAAUGAAAGGGCCAAGCUUGCUGCUGUAGCAGAAAGACUUGGAAGGGAAGUUCGUGUGUUUGAUAGAAUGACUACUACUAUGUCAGAGAAAGCAUCUGUGGAUGAUACGAAGGUGCCAGGCGAUGACUUCUACGAGUUCACUGCAGAAGACUACUAUCGAACUUUGUCUUCCAAGAAGGAUGGUUUAUUCACUACUCUUUUACGAAACAUGACGAUUGAACUUUUGUAGAACCAUAAUUUCACCAACGUCAUGACCAUGUUUUUCCAGAUAUCUCCUCUAUGAUUAUCCUUCUUGUAGUAUUGGAUCGAGCAUACUUAUUGUCUAAAUAAAACCAUGAAAACUAGGAAACUCCGAGAAGCUGAGCAGACUGCCCGCAGAGCAAGAAUAACCAAGAUUUUUUCUCUCCUGUGGGAAGGACUAUGUGGUGAAGCUUUGGGAGGUUGGCACAGAGAGAUUAGUCAAAUAAUACGUUGGAGCUACACACAAAUAAUUGCGCUUCCAGGUACUUGAUUUGCGUAGCCAUCUUUGUUUCACGAGUUUAGGAUUCAUUGUGGUAUCUUCAUUCUUUCCAUUGGAUC